CUGUGUUUAUUUUUAUAAAUUGUCUAUGGAGCAUCAAAAUGGCCGACUGUGGUGAUGUCCGAUCGGAGUUUUAUGUUCUUUGUUUACGAUAAAAACAUAUUAUUUGUUUCAAAAUUCUGACUUUCAUGUGACAAAAUAAAAUGUUUAUAGGUAUAGAAACUUUGGACAAUAGUUUGGGUUCAUACAAGUGUGUGAUUUGACAUAAAACGAGUGGUACCAGACUCACCUUGUAAAGAGAAAAUGGGGAACUGUUUUAGUAGUACAGGAGAAAAGGAUUCUAAAAGCAAAAAUGAAAGGGCGAACCCGCAUGAAGAAGACCCUAGGCAGUUCCAGACCCCAGUGCCGACCCCUCCGCCUGAUCCAAUUAGAUCUACUGUGAAUCAAGGAACAGAUACGAGUGAGGUCCCUCCCACCCGAAUAUUUGUGGCACUGUACGAUUACGAUGCCCGUACUGAUGAGGACCUUAGCUUUAGAAAAGGGGAACAUUUAGAAAUCUUAAAUGAUACACAAGGUGACUGGUGGUUAGCCAGAAGCAAGAAGACCAAACAAGAAGGCUACAUUCCAUCGAAUUAUGUCGCACGCCUGCAAUCUAUAGAGGCCGAACCAUGGUACUUCCGCAAAAUAAAGCGAAUCGAAGCGGAGAAGAAAUUGCUCCUCCCCGAGAACGAACAUGGUGCUUUCCUCAUUCGAGACUCCGAAAGCCGCCAUAAUGACUUCUCACUAUCAGUGCGAGACGGAGAUACGGUGAAACAUUACCGCAUCAGACAGUUGGACGAGGGCGGUUUCUUCAUCGCGAGGCGCACUACCUUCCGUACGCUGCAGGAACUCGUCGAGCAUUACAGCAAGGACGCUGACGGCCUCUGCGUAUCACUCAACAAGCCCUGCGUACAGAUUGAGAAACCAGUGACGGAAGGUCUCUCGCACAGAACGCGCGAUCAAUGGGAAAUCGACCGUUCAUCGCUCAAGUUCGUAAGAAAACUAGGGCACGGCCAGUUUGGUGAAGUAUGGGAAGGUCUAUGGAACAACACCACUCCAGUGGCCGUGAAGACCUUGAAGUCGGGUACUAUGGACCCCAAAGACUUCCUCGCAGAAGCUCAGAUCAUGAAGAAACUGAGACACAACAAACUCAUUCAACUAUACGCUGUCUGCACUCUUGAAGAACCUAUCUACAUCAUCACUGAACUUAUGAAGAAUGGAUCCCUUUUGGACUAUCUACAAGGCAAAGGUCGUUGCCUGAAGCUGCAGCAGCUUAUCGACAUGGCUGCGCAGAUCGCCGCCGGCAUGGCAUAUCUCGAAUCACAGAAUUACAUACAUCGCGAUUUAGCCGCAAGAAACGUUCUCGUUGCCGAUGCCAAUAUCGUGAAAAUCGCCGACUUUGGUCUUGCAAGGCUUAUCAAAGAAGAUGAGUACGAGGCCCGUGUAGGCGCACGGUUCCCCAUAAAAUGGACGGCGCCGGAGGCAGCCAACUACAGUAAAUUCUCCAUUAAAUCCGAUGUCUGGUCGUUCGGCAUCCUCUUGACUGAACUCGUCACUUACGGCCGAAUACCUUAUCCAGGUAUGACUAACGCUGAAGUUUUACAUCAAGUCGAGCAUGGUUACCGUAUGCCGUGUCCUCAGAAUUGUCCCGCAGCACUUUACGAGAUCAUGUUGGAGUGCUGGCAUAAAGAUCCUCUGAAGCGACCCACCUUCGAGACCCUGCAAUGGAAGCUCGAGGACUUCUUCACCAUGGACAACUCCGAGUACAAAGAGGCAUCUGCCUACUGAGCCCGGCCCUCCCUGCCGCCCCACCGACACGCACACUCGCAUCAUACUCCAGGCCUGUAUCACAUGCCGCCAGAGCUGCAGAUGUUGCAUAGUAGCACGUCCAUGCAGUACCUGCAGAUGCACCCCAUGGCGCAGACCAGCAUCGGGCAGAUGCAGGCGGUGCACCAGGCGAGCAUUCAGAUGCAGGCCGCGCACCAGGCUAGUCUGCAGGCCGCGCACCAGGCCAGCAUGCAGGCGCACCAGGCCACUCUGCAGGCUGCGCACCAAGCCAGCUUGCAGGCCCACCAGGCCAGCCUGCAGGCGGCGCACCAAGCCAGCCUGCAGGCGGCGCGGCCGCUGUGCCAGCACCACGCGCGGCACGGCCCGCCGGCCGCCGCCUACCGCGCGCCCUAGGCCGCCGCCCCGCCCGCCUGCGCCCCGCCUCGCGACAUGAUGACGAUACAAGUUGCGUGAUACUACGACCAGCGAUGUGCAGGACACACGCCUUCCGUUACAUUCCCUUUUAUGAUUGACGGAGCGUCCAGCUCCCGCUCAUAAAUUCUUGCAGGAAACUCAGUUCUAUUGUGGCAUACGAUUACUUUUGAACCUCGUCGUGAGAGGUCAUGAUUUUAUUAUUGCAAGACGAAGCGAGUUCGAGAUAUAAUGCUAAUAUGAAAUGGCGACGUAGACGUAAUUUUAUUACUCCUCGAUCGGUAAUAAGUUUAGUUAGACUGCCUACGAUUUUCUAAAUGUAUUUAGCCAUAGGUUAACAUUUACGAUUCUUGAAGUAUUAAUAAGCCUCUUUAGGGUGAUCACUUACGAUAUUAUUGGAAAACGUCGAAGUAAGUAAGGAGUGUACGCCAUGUACAGCGUCUAAUAACUAUCUCAAGUAUGGCAAUAGUACGAGUGACAUAUCAGCGCUUUAUUCAUUUCCACAACGCUUCCGACCAUCGGUAUUAUAUUGGGCUAUGUAUUGGCGCCGCGCGCGGAUCGCUUCUUACGUCAUUUCUCUUGCAAUCAAAUAAAAUGUGUUCUCUGCUUCGCUGCAUUUUUGAAUCGAUUUAUAAAUGUUAAGGAUACAUUUCAGGCUCUAAAGAAAUCCAAUGUAGUUGUAUUGUUCAAGUUCGAGAUAAGAGGCUAUCAUGUAAUUGGUUUCGUCUUCAUACGAGCGUGGAAUGCUAGUGGCGCUGUGGUGUGGCAGGAGAGGCAGUAGCGGUAGUAGUGCGACGCAGUGCUAGUGUGUGUGGACAGGAGGAACUCUAGGCUCGGCAGGGAAUUAAAUUAUACCAGCGUCCAAGUACGCUUUUUGUAAGGAUUUAUGUUAUGAAGAGGCGCAUUAACAGAUUAGGUAUUCUCACCUUCGUAUACCAUGUUUAGUAGAAUAACGAUGUUGGUGAUAGAUGCCAAAUAAUCCUAAUAAAGAACUGAAUUUUAUAUACAUAAUUAAUUGUUCUGAGGGUAUUUAGACGUUAGAAUUUUAUUUAAUUUAGGCUGUUCUAAAACCUGAUUAAUGGAACGCUAUUCUUAACUAUUUAUAUAAUUGUAACUAUGACAUUUAUACACCACUCGCGAACUUUAGUUUCUCGUAAUCAUUUUAAUAUUUAUCAUGCUCAAGAAGUUGUUAUUUUUAUUUGAUUGUAACAAAUUAUACAUCCAAACUGAUAUUUUAUUUGUGCCAAGACUUUUAGUUUAAGUUGAAAGUGGCCACAUGUAAUCUAAAUUGUAUCGACACAAACUAAGAACGUAUUUAAUCAUUUACUUUAAAGCUAAGAUAUAAUUGGCCUAAGUAAAUAAGUAUUUUUGAAUGUGUAAGUUUUGUAUCCUAACUUAUUAGUCUAACUUAGUAUAUACUAGAUAUUUUCAAUUAUAUUACUGAAUGUCGGACGUAAAUAUUCUCAUUCGUUAAAAACUGCACAUUUUUAUUGAAAAUGUCACAGUUAUGUGCAAUAUUUAUUGUUUUCAGACCCGGUGCUUGUAUUUGUAUGCUACGAAAGAUUUUAUUGUAAACUUACAUCCUCAGAACAUUUAAACAAACUGUCGAUGUAAGCUUGAAACAUUAAUUUAAUUUGAUAAUGAAUUACUAAUACCAUGAACAGUACAACAAUGUUUUGUUGUCUUGUAUAUUGAACUUUCCACAAUUUUAACUUGUAAAUAGUUCCAGUUUAGUAUUGGUUGUAAUGGUAAUAAGUGAUAUUAAGAAUGUUGGUAUUAUGGUAUUGCAGUGUGCCUCAUACUCAACGGUCCACUGACUCGAUCAUUCCAAUUGGAUCAAGGCAAUAUUACCGAAAUCGACAAAAACAAAGUUAGGCGUUACAAUGAUGAUAUUGUUUAUAUCACGACAAAAUAUUGAAUACAACUACUUGAUAUAUCGCACAAAUAUACAUUCGUAAACGUAUUUGUAAGGUGCCUGAAAUAUUUGCAUUUGUACGUCACAAAAUAUUGUAUGGUCUGUGACGAGUGACCGCCUCCUUAUUGUGCGAGACUGACCUCGUUCUUUUCUUGUCAUUUUGUUUGUCGUAAUCAUUUUCUAAUGUAGUGAACUCUUGUAAACCUCUGUCAAACUCUCGUGUCACUCGUUAGCAGACAUUAUCUCACUGCACUGUGGAUAGAGCACGAUUAUCUAGAAUCAAUAAAUUGAAUUAAAUUUUGGAUAAAAAUUGUUUAAUUGCAGUGUUCACUGUCAAGGCUUCGGAAAUGUGUCCGCCAAGUAUUAAUAUAACAUGUCGUACGUUCUUAUUUCACAUAAUUAAUUAAUUCCAACAUUAUAAUUGUUUACUCUCGUGUAUUAUUUCUAUAAUUUAUUUCUUCGUAAUACUUUAAGUUUUAGCUGUAUGAUAUGCUUUAGGCUUUAUGCUUUAUUGAAAUGGCUACGUCCGCUACUCGUUUCCCUUUAUGUAUGUACAUGUUACGGCAAUAUUAUCAAUGUAUUCAAUAAUUUUAAUUUUAUUAGUUAGCCAAUUUUAAGUAUUUUCUUAUAAAUUUCGCCAUCACAAUUAUGAAGAGAUCAAUAGAACGAAUAGGGUUAAGCUAUGUGAAUGAUGUACGUUAGAUAUAAAUAUUUAACUAGAAUUUAUUUACUAACUGUUGCUGUGUUACAUGACAUUUAUACUUCGGUUUACGGUAUUGUACAACUGUACCAAGGUGUAAGUGUAGCGGCGAUUUAGGGUGAAGUCAUAAAUUUCAAGUGCGACUGAUGAUAGUUGAUACUGUUUGACAUGUGAGCUAAGGUCUUAUUACCUCCGAGUAUCAAUUAAAUCUAUUUUAGUUUAUUCUCGUGUGCCAGUAUUGCGACACUGUUAUAACUAUAAACUCCAUCAUAUUAUCCCGAUUGAACUACACUUAUAGAAAAGAUCUUAUGUGACAGUGUAACCGCAAUACUGGUUUUAAGUACGGUUAUUAUAAUGAUUACUAUAUUUCACUUAUUUGUAAAGAUUUUUUUUAACACAACAAUAAAUAUAAAUGUGAAAUA